ACUUUUCAGUGCAGUGAGAAACUUGUUAUCGGCGUCUGACACGCAGUGCACACGAACGCCCGCUGUUUGUAUGUGUGGGAGGCUGGAGAUGGUAAGAACGUGGUCGAAAACAUAUCGACAGACCGUUCUUAGGCAUUAAAGCAGAAAAGGAAGGUGCUUAUGUGCGACACAUACUCCGCUAACUGCCGGUGAAGACGUUGAACUGUUAGCUUAAACAUUUCUCAGACUGUUGCAUUGUGAGACUGCGGUUGGCGGAAAGCCCAGUUUGAACAUCGAUAUGUGGGAACAGGAGGAAUUUGCGAAACACUGGAGGAAUGAAUUUCCUGACGGAGAGGUACCCCAGAUGGACUUGAAUUCUGUAGAAGACAUUGAGUCUGAGCUGGAGUUAUGUAAAAGAAACCUGAAGCGGCUCCAGAAGGCUCUGGCCGAGGAGAAAUUCAAGGUGAUCUACCUGCAGACCACGGUGUCUCGACAGAAGAGAAACGAGCCGGGAAGGUUUGAAGGCAAGGAUGAAAACUUUAACGCUGAGACAUUUACAUAUCCUAAGUCUGGGAACAUUACGAAACCGCGGCGGCGGUAUGAUGAUGAGAGCGACGGGCAGAGGACCAAGGUGUCUGACCCUGGAGGCGUGAAGCUGCAUGCCGCAGGUAAUAUACCGACUGUUACUAGCUCCUUCGGCCGAGAGCGGAGUAGGUUCAGCGGAAAGACAGGUAAGCCUGUCCCCAUCCCUGUCCCGCCACAGAAACCCAGCUUUCAGAGAGAAAACCCGCCGCCACCUGCCGUCCCUCAACCAAACGACAGUGAGGUGGGCAGCGACAGAGAAUAUGAGGAUGUGGAGCUGAAUGAAAAUUUCGUCCGGAAUAACUUGUUGGUGCCAAAGGUCGUCAGCAGGGACAACCAGAAGACGUCAAGCGCCUGCCGGGACACCCGGCGGCCUUUCCGCCACAGCAGGGACUUUGACUCCGGCGACGACGGCAGGCUGUCCCCGUCCUUCCCACAGAUUCACCGCAGAGCCUCCCGCGGCUCCGGGUGCAGCACCCCUGACAGGAGGAGUGAUGGCUACCUGAGCUCUGACCAUGACGACUCCUCCUCUGCAGACUUUAACUACAACACAGAUGGCUAUGAGGGAGACGGAGCGGAGGACGGCAAGUCUCAGGACGGCUCGGAGACGCUGCCCUAUAUAGAUGAAUCGCCCACCAUGUCACCCCAGCUGUGCACGCCCCAAGGGCCCGACGGAGAAACUGUCUCCCCCACACCACCAGAGGGCCUGCUAGCAGGGGGAGACAUAGAGAAAGGACUGGAGAUGAAGAAGCUGGUGCUGUCUGGUUUUUUGGCCAGUGAGGAGAUCUACAUUAACCAGCUGGAGGCCCUGCUACUGCCCAUGCGUCCUCUGAAAGCUACGGCCACAACCUCGCAGCCUGUCCUGACCAUCCAGCAGGUAGAGACCAUCUUCUACAAAAUCCAGGACAUUUUUGAGAUCCACAAAGAGUUCUAUGAUGCCCUCCUACCCAACAUCCAGCAGUGGGACGACAAGGUCACCGUGGGACAUUUGUUCCAGAAACUGGCCAGCCAGCUGGGAGUGUACAAGGCCUUUGUGGACAACUACAAGGUGGCGGUAGAGACAGCAGAGAAAUGCAGCCAGGCCCACAGCCAGUUCCAGAAGAUAUCCGAGAACCUCAAAGUCAAAGGUCCUAAAGACUCCAAAGAUUGUACCACAACUGUCUCGAUGGAGACUCUCCUUUACAAGCCGAUUGACCGCGUCACCAGAAGCACCCUGGUCCUUCAUGACCUGCUGAAACACACUCCUAAGGACCACCCAGACUUCCCGCUCCUUCAGGACGCUCUGCGGAUAUCUCAAAACUUCCUCUCCUCCAUCAACGAGGAGUUCGAGCCUCGCAGGACUGCUGUCACCACACCCAAGGGAGAGGCCCGUCAGCUGGUGAAAGAUGGCUUCCUGGUGGAGGUGUCGGAAAGCUCCAGGAAGGUCCGCCACGUCUUCCUCUUCACCGAUCUGCUGCUCUGUGCCAAGAUGAAGAAGACUGCUGUCGGUCGCCACCAGCAGUAUGAGUGCAAGUGGUACAUCCCUCUGGCAGACCUGACUUUCCAGACCCUGGACGACUCCGACUCUUGCCCCAGUGUCCAAGUCCUGCCCGAGCAUGAGAUCGAGGAGAUGAAGAUCAAGAUCUCAGCCUUAAAGAGUGAGAUACAGAAAGAGAAGAAAGCACCAAAGGGUCAGAGUCGCGUGGAGCGUCUGAGGAAGAAGAUGAACGAGCAGGAGUCAUGGCUGCUCCUGCACUCCCCCACCAUCCCCUUCCGCAUCCACAACAAACACGGAAAGAGCUACCUGUUCCUUCUCUCCUCUGACUACGAGAGAUCAGAGUGGAGGGAAAGCAUCCAGAAACUCCAGAAGAAAGAUCUCCAGGCGUGUGUUUUAAGUUCUGUGGAGCUCCAGGUCCUGACCAGCUCCUGUUUCAAACUCCGAACUGUCCACAACAUUCCUGUGACCAGCAACAAAGACGAUGAAGAGACUCCUGGCCUGUACGGCUUUCUGCAUGUGAUCGUCCACUCAGCCAAAGGAUUCAAGGAGUCAGCCAAUCUAUACUGCACACUGGAAGUGGACUCGUAUGGAUACUUUGUCAGCAAGGCCAAGACCCGUGUCUUCAGAGACACCACAGAACCACAAUGGAACGAAGAGUUUGAGAUUGAGUUGGAGGGCUCCCAGUACCUGCGGAUCCUGUGCUACGAGAAGUGUUACGACAAAAGUAUGCUCAACAAGGACGACAAUGAGAUCGUGGACAAGAUCAUGGGAAAAGGGCAAGUCCAGCUGGAUCCUCAGACCGUGCAGUCCAAGAACUGGCAAAUGGACGUCAUAGAGAUGAACGGGAUCAAAGUGGAAUUCUCCAUGAAGUUUACAAGUCGGGACCUCAGCUUGAAGAGAACGCCAUCCAAAAAACAGAGUGGGGUGUUUGGAGUCAAGAUCAACGUGGUGACAAAGCGCGAGCGCUCCAAGGUGCCUUACAUUGUCCGUCAGUGCAUUGAGGAAGUGGAGAAGAGGGGGAUUGACGAAGUGGGAAUCUACAGGAUCUCAGGGGUGGCCACUGAUAUCCAGGCCCUCAAAACAGCAUUCGACGCCAAUACCAAAGAUAUCCUGGUGAUGCUGAGUGACAUGGACAUCAACGCCAUCGCGGGAACACUGAAGCUUUACUUCAGGGAGCUGCCGGAGCCUCUGCUCACCGACCGCCUCUACCCCGCCUUCAUGGAGGGCAUAGCGCUCUCAGACCCAGCAGCCAAGGAGAACUGCAUGAUGCACCUCCUGCGCUCCCUGCCUGACCCCAACCUCAUGACCUUCCUCACUCUGCUGGAGCACCUCAAACGGGUGGCUGAGAAGGAGCCCAUCAACAAGAUGUCCCUCCAUAACCUGGCCACUGUGUUUGGCCCCACUCUGCUCAGGCCCUCAGAGUCAGAGAGCACGAAGGGACAGCACAUCACCUCCGCCUCUGACAUCUGGUCACACGACGUCAUGGCACAGGUCCAGGUGCUGCUUUAUUACCUGCAGCAUCCUCCCAUCUCCUUUGCUGAACUGAAGCGCAACACGCUCUACUUUUCCACUGAUGUUUAAUCCCUGCCCACCUCCCUCAGGAUGCCAUCUGGAGAGGAGAGACUGAGAGACUCCUUACAAACCCUGGUCCCUGCCACUCCUGUCCUCCUGCCUCAACUCUCCUCCCAGCAGGCUCAUCUUGACUGUACAGCCCCCAGCCUGCACAUCUUUCCUGACUAAACCCCACCUCACCCGUCUGUCCUGAAAAGAGAUGGAGCUGAGCACGAUGAGAGGUGUUAAAGGACAUUAUCUGGUCAUCUAGUAGUCAUGUCCUGUAAUGUGAGGUGAGGAGAGCCGACCCCCGCCUCCUCCAAGUCGACAAGGCAUUCUGGGACCACAGUGGAAAAGUUCAGGGGGGGGAUCUGGAGGCCAUAGCCUGGUGCAGUGGCUAGUAAACCCUUUCCAGACACUGGUCUGAUGAUCUCAGAAACCUCCAACUUUGUUUUUCUCAUCAGAGGCAUUCCAGAAAAAUGGCAUUUACAUGUUUGAUAAUUAUGUUAAACUGAUGUUUUGUUUCCUUUUUUGAUCUUUCUCGCUUUGUGCAUGUGCGUGGUGAAAGAGGCUGGGGUGUGUGAGUCACAAUGUGGAUGUAUUUGAGUGAGCGUGUGUGUGAGUGUGUUUAAGGGACAUUGAGAACUUGUGAGGUUUAGAAGUGGCUGGGAAGCCAUGGUGAUAAAUGGCUGGAGGUGUAUCUCUCUAUACUGACAGAGAAGAGAGAACUGCCAUCCCCCGUGAGUCUUGGCCAAAUUAGCCCUAUUUAUUUUGAAUAUAUAUAAUAUGUGUGCCUGUACAGUUCUGUGCAACUAGAGAAAUGCUCUAAGGAGUCUGUUUUUUGAAGUUAAUCAGGUAGUGAUGUUAUUUUUAGUCUGAUUUUUCUCAUUCACCAUGUCCCUGGUUGGUAAGCUGUACUGAACAGAUCACCAGAAAGUCUGCUAAUUAAUUUCAGAUCACUUUGUAGAGGAGAAGGGGCACUCUGUGACAUGAGGGUUGUUGGGUGAAAAAAAACACAAUGAAUGGAACAUUUAGCUUUUUUCUUGUUGUUUCAUUACAAGCCUGUUCCAAGUGUCUUACUGCACCGCUAUAAUCUAUAGGAUGAUUUGUGUAGUUGCCCUCGUUGCAUGUUCAGCUUGUCAGUCAAACCAGGCCAGGUAACACAAAGGUAGGUUGUCUCUGCAAGGCCCUCGCUAAGACUGGCAAACGCCCAUCUCUGCUCUGUACAAAGCCAACCUUUAUGCUAUCAAGCCUGAGACAUAUCUUACAAUUCUGUAAGCACUGCUAGAUGAGUACUAUUUGAUAUUUUUAAUAUAAGAUUAAAAUAAAAUAAAAAAUGUUGUAUUUUACUUCCUUUGCGAAGAAUUUCAAUAUACUGUAAUAUUGAGGCUAAAUGUUAAUGUGAACUUUCUCCCCCUUUUUUUUAGUAAAAUAAAAGUUAUUAAACACUCUGA